AUUCGAUUUUGGUUGUCGACUGAUUAAAAGGAUCGAUUGUAUGCAAAUAGAGUUGUGGAAGCUACAAACGGCGCAAGCAAAUUACAUCCAUAAUGAACUCUUUUCGGAAUUUUUAAUUAAUUAAACACCUAGCGCCUGCCAUAGUGAAAGUGAAUUGUCACAGUUGUAUUCCGUGGUUCAAUAUCAAAGCAGUGACAUUGUGUCGAUUUUUUUCUGAUAGUAUAACUGGAAUUUAUCCUCGACUUUUACUUUCACGUUUAAGUCUAUAAUAUUGUGAACUUCUAUUGAAGAAGUGACAGAAGGACUUGAAAAUGGAUUUCUAUGAAGCUCGGGACAACUCUUUUGACAAUAUUUUACCAGAAUUGGAUGGAAAGUCGAACAUAGAAGAUUUCUUUGACGGAUGUAAUGUUCUUGUAACCGGAGUCACUGGCUUCAUUGGGAACCUAGUCGUAGAGAAGCUAUUAAGAUGCUGCCCAGGGAUUAAUAAGUUAUACUUUUUUAUUCGGCUGAAGAAGAAUUUAUCGGAGAAAGAGAGAGCUUUAGAAGUGAUAAACGAAUUGGUUUUUGAUCAUGUGAGAAAGCAAAAUCCAAAUUUCAUGGAUAAAAUCGUGGUGGUAGCUAGUGACUGCAGUUUGCCAAAUUUGGGCCUUGGAGAGAAGGAGAGGAAAAUGGUUUUGGAUACAAAUAUAGUUUUCCAUAUAGCAGCCACAUUGAGAUUUGAUGAUCAUUACAGACAUUCUUUCCAAACCAAUGUACAGGCUACCAAAGAUCUACUGGAAAUCGCAAAGGAUAUGAAACAUUUGAAGGCAUUCACAUACGUUUCAACAGCCUAUGCGCAUGUGGAGGAGAAUGUCCUGAAGGAGGAGUUCAUAAAAUCCAAGUUUUCCUUUGAAGAGAUGAAAAUCCUGAUGGAAAAAUUCACAGAUGAACAGAUCACUGCUUUGAUGCCAAAACUGACCGGAGUUGGUACAACCUAUAGUGUAAUGAAGUCGAUUGCAGAGAAUGUGGUACAGGAAUAUCACCGUCAACUUCCCAUUGGCAUAGUUAGGCCAUCCAUCGUAAUAAGCACAGGAGCGGAGCCAAUCGACAACUGGCUCAAAGGCCUAAACGGACCAACCGCCAUGUUUCUGGGUGUUCUACUGGGAAUUAUGAGGGCUAUAUGUAUAGGCAAAGAAAAGAAAACUGAUCUUAUUCCUGCAGAUAAGGUGGCUUCAGCUAUUGUAGCCGCUACAUGGGAUCUGCCACGUCACAAACCUUCAAGUUCCCAGAUGCCAGUCUACAACAUAGUAUCCUGCAACAAAAGUCCAAUCACAUGGGAAUAUAUGUCGUCAUUCUAUGAGCAAACAGACCUGAAUCACCCUAACCUGGCCUCCGAACGCCACUUGUGGGAACCCUUCGGAAUACUCACAGAAAACCGCCUACUCUACAACGUACUCAAUCUAUUUCUACACAUUAUUCCAGGCAUAAUCAUGGAUGCUAUGCUGAAAUUCAAGGGCCAAAAACCAUUGUUGAUGAAACUCUACCGUAAAGCCUAUUAUCUGAUGGACGUGAUGUCAAUCUACAACAGCAAAGUAUGGGAGUUUGAUGACGAUAACCUCUACGCCAUUUGGAACAAAAUGACUGACAAAGACAGACAGAAAUUCAACUUCUCUCUUGUAGACUUUGACUGGAGUGUUUAUUACUAUAACUAUGCCAGAGGUCUCAAGGUUUAUUUGCUCAAAGAAUCGACUGAUAUGGAUUCCAUGAAUAAAUGCUAUAAGAGACGGAAAACACUAAAAGUCGUCCAUUAUGCCACUUGCACGCUGCUAAUUCUGUUUGGAGUCUGGUUGAUGAAAUUUAUAGCUGCAACUCUAUUAAAUUGUUAUCGCUAACAAUAAUAUUUUAUUAUUAAUAAAAUAUUAUUGUUUUAUUAAUUAUUGAUGAUCAAUAACGAAAUUAUUGUUUGUCGUGAGAUAGCACAUGUUGAUUGAAUAUUGUUAUAAAAGUAUUUUUCUAAGAUGAUUAUUUUUUUUUGAAUCCUUCAAACCUGCUCCUUCUUGAUAAUCAGAAAAACCUGCUUCUUCAAAAAGCUCUUUUUAAUAUUAACUCUAUCCUCCUCCUCCCCUUCGUCCUACUUCUCAACCUUUUUC